AUGGUUGAGCCUCAUGGGGAAGGAUUAUCAGUCGAAGUUAAUGGUGUUCUGAAAGAGAAUGAGAAUCUGAAUGUUCAUUUUCUUGAGGAUUUAGAUUCUUAUUGGGAUGAUGUCAAUGAGAGACUGAAGCUGUUGAGAAGAUUGCUUAGAAGGAUCUUGAGUUGUCCAGAGUUGGGAGACUUUGUCUCUGUACCAUCGGGAAAACAGUUGGUGAUGCUCGUUGAAGAGUUGACCAGUUUGAGAAAGUAUGUUCACGUUAAUAAAGCAGGCGCCACUGUGGAUGACACGUCAUGUCAGCAUGAGAUCGGGUCCAAAACUGUAGAUAAGAUGCUUGAUUCCUUGAAGAGCAUUCUAGAGACUGUGUUGAAGCGGAAGAAUGACACGGAGCUCCCCUCCUUGUGGCAGGAUGAGCAUGAAUUUCAGAAAGGAAUCGAGACUACAGUGGUGACUACUUUUAUUCGGAGUCUCAGGGAUGAGUAUCAAGAGAGGUUGUUGGAGAAAGAAGGUGAGUUUGGUGGUAACAAGAGUUCGUUACUUGGAGAAAGAAGCUGA